AUGCCAGUAACGGACUGGGCUGAUAUCUGCGUGCACUGCGCUGAGCUUCUCACCAGCGUGCCUCUCUCGAUCAUCAUUGCCGCGAUUUGCGCUACUGUGGCUGGCGUGUUUGUUUCUUUCUACGCUUUCCUAACCCUAGUUGCCCCGACCCCCCGAGAACCCCUCCCCGAAGAAACAACCUACCGCACUAUCUCGAAAGAUGGAUCGAUCACAGAACCGCAGUCUCUACCAUCGUGGCAACGUCCAGGCUCCAACAAGGCCGACCCUGGAGAGGCUGAGCUGUUCAUGUCUCUUGUCGUUCCGGCCUAUAACGAGGAGGACCGACUGGGAGGUAUGCUGGAGGAAGCUGUGAACUACUUGGAGCGAAUGUAUGGAACCUUGGCGAGCAGUCGCAGCGAAGGGAAACCCCUGCGGCAACGGAAGACCGCCAACGGACACGCAAACGGAAUUGCGAAUAGCAACACAGAGACUACACCGCACAGGAAAGGCUGGGAGAUCAUAAUCGUAUCGGACGGAUCGACGGAUAACACGGAAGAGAUGGCGUUUUCCUUCGCGCGAGACCACCAACUCUCGUUACAUCCAAAGGGCCACGCAGGCCCUUGGACGCCUGAACCUCGAGAGGGCGUGCACAUCCCGCCCGGAACAAUCCGCGUUGUAACCCUGGCCAAGAACCGCGGCAAGGGCGGAGCCGUCACGCACGGAAUGAGACACGUCCGCGGGCAGUACGUGAUUUUCGCUGAUGCCGACGGUGCAACCAAUUUUGCGGACCUGGGCAAGCUCGUUACCGCAUGCCAGGAAGUCGAAGAUAGCCACGGCCGCGGCGUAGCCGUUGGAUCCCGCGCUCACAUGGUCGGAAGCGAUGCCGUCGUCAAGCGCUCCAAACUACGUAACUUCCUCAUGCACUCAUUCCACCUAAUCCUCUGGCUCCUUACACCCGCGAAAACCGCCAUGAUCAAAGACACCCAGUGUGGAUUCAAGCUCUUUUCGCGAGCGUCUCUGCCCGCCAUCGUCCCCUACAUGCACUCCGAAGGCUGGAUCUUCGAUGUCGAGAUGCUCAUGCUCGCGGAGUUUGCGCGUAUCCCCGUGGCCGAGGUCCCUGUUGACUGGCGCGAGGUUGGCGGAAGCAAGCUUAAUGUUAUUAGGGAUAGUGUGGGCAUGGCGUGGAGUUUGGCUGUUUUACGCGCGGCUUGGUUGUUGGGGGUAUAUAGACGGACAUAG